AACAGCUUCAGUCGUUCUUGACUCUUCGGCCACACCGAUUAUCGAUCCGAGGCAGCGAGUUUUCGGCGAGACAGAUAGAAGAAUAGUUUUAUGGAUAUUCGUGUGUAAUAUAUAUACACACACACACAUAUAUAUAUAUAUAUUUUCGAAUUGCGCACAGUGUGAGAAAAAAUGCGGUAUCUUGAGUGUUUCGUGCCGUUAAUGGUACUAUCGUGCCUCGCAAGUUCGUUCGCGGAACCUGGGGUCCUCUUCGAUCUGGCGAAGGAUCAUCAAAAGCGCGUGGCAGGUUUGCUGGACCCUCUAGGAUUGUUCCACAAGAAGGAUCAGAGCUCGAGCUCGUCGCACUCGUACGGGGGCAACCUGCAGAUAGGACCACUUUCCUUUUCGGGCAGCUUGGCCAGCUCUUCGGCCACGGCCGAAGGCAGUGGUGCUACCUCCGUUGCCAAGGCGAAUUCUCAAGCCUUCGGCCAAGGCUCUGUAAAAGCUGACGCCAGCGCAAUAGCCAACGCUCAAGAUUAUAGUUCUAACAUCGGUCACAACUACUACGCGCCGAUAGACGUGCAACAAUACGGCGGCCCCGGUGGUUCUCACUCGAAUCCGAAUGAUGGUUAUAAUACCGUUGCAAGCGCCGCUGCAAAUGCUAAUGCAAACGCGAACUAUAAUGCAAACAGAGGUGCGAACUCGAACGUGUACGCCAACGCGAAUUCGAACGCCGUUUCUUCUUAUACCGGUGCAUCGCCGGCCAAUUAUUAUUCUCCCGGAUACGAUCUAUCCGAUACCGGUGCCAAUGCAAAUACGAAUCUUAAGAGUAACGAUGCGAACAAUGGCGCGGGAACGCUCAACGUCUAUUACACGGCUCCUGAAAGUUUUCGAGGUAGCAACGAGGCCGCAACAGCAAGCGCGAACGCGAAUUCUGUCAUCUCUGGGACAGGAUCAUCCGAUAAUUAUCACGCUCCUGGAGGAUCGUGGAGCAAUGGUGGCGCAAUUGCGAAUGCAAACGCGAAGACGAAUGUUAUCGAUGGUGUAACGAGUGGCUAUAAACCUGGAAUCACGAAAAGCGACAGCGUAGGCCGGCAAUUCGAAUUGAACGGUGGCGUGGAAUUACCAAAUGGAUAUUAUUCUUCGGGAACUCGAGGCAACGCGGUAACCGGUAGCAAGAUUCCUUAUCGUCCUCAUGACGAUGAAGAAACCGUUGUAGUGAUCGUAGAUCCGCCACCAGUCCACAGGCCAGCAUUGGGCAGGCCAGCAUUUGGUAAGCGACCACCAUUCGGUAAUCCACCGCCGUUCGGUAGGCUACCACCGUUCGGUAAGCCAUCACCACCAUUCGGCAGGCCAUCUUUCGAGAGGUAUCCACAACGUGAUCACGGCCCCGAGGCAAUCAAAGUGAUCGUGAUCAAAGAGCCGGCAUAUCAUAGCCAAGCGGGAGUUAAAAAUGGUCAAUACGGUCAACCGAUCGACUAUCCGGUCGGAGGCUAUCAGAAUGGUUAUGGAGGAGCUAACGCCAAUGCUAAUGCCAUCGCAAUUGCAAACGCAAAUGCCAAAGCAAACGCAGGAGGUAACGCAGGAAUCAACGCAGGAGCUAAUGCAGGAGCUAGUGCGGGAGCUAAUUCCAUUUCUGGUGCGAAUGGCUAUCCUCAGGAAUCGGGAUAUUAUCCUGGAAGUGCUCCAACUAGUUCCAUUGGAGCGAACAAUCCUUUCUUGACUGGAACCGGAGGGGCUAACGCAGGCGCUAUGGCAGGAGCUAACGCAGGCGCUAUGGCAGGCGCUAAUGCAGGCGCUAUGGCAGGAGCUAACGUAGGCGCUAUGGCAGGUGCUAACGCAGGCGCUAUGGCAGGAGCUAACGCAGGCGGUAACAUAGGAGCUAACGCAGGAGCUACCGCAGGAGCUAGCGCAGGUGUUCUUGGAAACGCAUAUCCAGGAACAUCAGGAAGUCAGGGUGCGGGUAAUUACCAAGCUGGAUCGGGCAAUCCAUUCCUAACUGGACAAGGUCAAGGAAAUGCAGGCGCCAAUGCUGGUGCAAAUGCUGUUGCUAAUGCUGCUGUUAUCUCUCAAGGACAAAUCGGAGCGCAAAACCCUUUCCUCAAUCCUGAAUUCGAACCUAUUGGAAGUCAUCACGGACUUGGAGAAUACGUAAUUAACGGUGAACAAACUGUUGGAAAACAGAGUGGAGGUAGCCCUAUUCCUACUACUUAUCCUGGCCAAGGAAGCACACCAGGAACUUAUGGAACGAACGUUGGAUCAGGAGCAAAUGCAGGAGCCAGUGCAGGAGCUAUCGCUAAUGCUGGUGCAAAUGCAGGUGGAUACGGUCAGCCUGUUAAAGAAAGUCCUGUAAUUAUUCCUGUUAAUCCAAGUACAAAUUACGAGGGCGGAGCUGGAUCAGGUACCGUAUUUUCGAAUACGGGAAGCGCAUUUGAAAAUUCUGGAUCCGGUGACAAUGGCUAUGGUGUUCCUACUUAUCAAACUGGAUUAGCUUCUAGUGGAGCGAAUGCUGGAGCGAAUGCAGGAGUAAACGUUGGAGGUAGCGGAUCUGCUGGUUAUGGUGCACCAACAAAAACUGCUCCAGUCUUUGGAACGUCUGGACCAACUUUUGGAAAUGGAGGAGCAAAUGCUGGAGCAAGUGCUGGGGUGAGUGCAGGAGUAAACGUUGGUGGCAGCGGAUCUGGUGGUUAUUCUGGAGGAGCAAAUGCUGGAGCGAGUGCAGGAGUAAACGUUGGUGGCAGCGGAUCUGCUGGUUAUUCUGGAGGAGCAAAUGCUGGAGCGAGUGCAGGAGUAAACGUUGGUGGCAGCGGAUCUGGUGGUUAUUCUGGAGGAGCAAAUGCUGGAGCAAGUGCUGAGGCGAGUGCAGGAAUCAGCGGAUCUGGUGGUUAUAAUGUACCUACAAAAGGUGCUCCAGUUUUUGGAACGUCUGGACCAACUUUUGGAAAUGGAGGAGCAAAUGCUGGAGCAAGUGCUGGAGCAAGUGCAGGAAUCAGCGGAUCUGGCGGUUAUAAUGUACCUACAAAAAGUGCUCCAGUCUUUGGAACAUCUGCACCAGCUUUUGGAACUGGAGGAGCAAAUGCUGGAGCAAGUGCUGGAGCGAGUGCAGGAAUCAGCGGAUCUGGCGUUUAUAAUGUACCUACAAAAAGUGCUCCAGUCUUUGGAACAUCUGAACCAGCUUUUGGAACUGGAGGAGCAAAUGCUGGAGCGAAUGCAGGAGUAAACGUUGGUGGCAGCGGAUCUGCUGAUUAUACUGGAGGAGCAAAUACUGGAGCAAGUACAGGACUAAACUUUGAUGGCAGCGGAUCUGCUGGUUAUACUGGAGGAGCAAAUACUGGAGCAAGUAUAGGACUAAACUUUGAUGGCACCGGAUCUGCUGGUUAUACUGGAGGAGCAAAUACUGGAGCGAGUACAGGACUAAACAUUGCUGGCAGCGGAUCUGCUGGUUAUACUGGAGGAGCAAAUACUGGAGCAAGUACAGGACUAAACGUUGGUGGCAGCGGAUCUAUUGGUUAUUCUGCAGGAGCAAAUGCUGGAGCGAGUGCAGGACUAAACGUUGGUGGCAGCGGAUCUACUGGUUAUUCUGGAGGAGCAAAUGCUGGAGCAAGUACAGGACUAAACGUUGGUGGCAGCGGAUCUGCUGGUUAUACUGGAGGAGCAAAUACUGGAGCAAGUACAGGACUAAACUUUGAUGGCAGCGGAUCUGCUGGUUAUACUGGAGGAGCAAAUACUGGAGCGAGUACAGGACUAAACAUUGUUGGCAGCGGAUCUGCUGGUUAUACUGGAGGAGCAAAUACUGGAGCAAGUACAGGACUAAACGUUGGUGGCAGCGGAUCUAUUGGUUAUACUGGAGGAGCAAAUGCUGGAGCGAGUACAGGACUAAACGUUGGUGGCAGCGGAUCUGCUGGUUAUUCUGCAGGAGCAAAUGCUGGAGCGAGUGCAGGACUAAACGUUGGUGGCAGCGGAUCUACUGGUUAUUCUGCAGGAGCAAAUGCUGGAGCGAGUGCAGGAUUAAACGUUGGUGGCAGCGGAUCUACUGGUUAUUCUGGAGGAGCAAAUGCUGGAGCGAGUGCAGGAUUAAACGUUGGUGGCAGCGGAUCUGGUGGUUAUUCUGGAGGAGCAAAUGCUGGAGCGAGUGCAGGAUUAAACGUUGGUGGCAGCGGAUCUGCUGGUUAUACUGGUGGAGCAAAUGCUGGAAGCAAAGCUAAUGCUAUAGCAAGUGCUGGAGCAAGUGCUGGAGCAAAUAUUGGAGGAAUUGUUGGAGGAAUUGUUGGAUCUGGAUCUGGAUUAAUUUUUGGUUCUGACGAAUUAGGAAUAGGUGCAAAUGCUGGAUCUGGUGGUUACGGUGGUGACUUCGUUUUUGGAGAUGCAUCCGCCAGUGCUAGUGCCAAGGCUGAGGCUUCCGCUUCUGGUGGAUCAGGAAGCUCAAACGCGAUUGCAAACGCGAAUUCGAACUCGUUCAAAGGAUUUUCCGGUAGCAAUGCGUCCGCCAAAUCGUCCGCCAACUCGUCAGGUUUUGGAAGUGGGUUGGCCAAUGCGAAUGCACAAGCAUCCAGCAAAGCGUCUUCGGGAUCUGGCAACAGUUACGCCUCCAGCUCUGCAUCCGCCAACGUGGACACGAAGAGUUUGCUCGUCUUCAGAGAUUAAUCGUCCAAACAUCUGGAUAUACUCGUUAUUUAAUUAAUUUUGCUCUCUCGAAUUAUUUAAUCGUGAAAAUGUUACGAACGCCAUGGACCGUGCCAUCACUCUAAACUCGAUUUUUAGGAUACUCUACCGAUUAGCUUGUAGGAUCUGAAACACGUUAAUGGAAUUAAGAGUCAAAGAUACAUUUAAAACGAUUAUCGACUCGACCAUCGAUCGACGCAACGCGAUUACCCAUGCUGGAUCAUGGCAAUGUAAUAUCGAAAUCGUAAUUGCUUUAUAACUCGAUGUGUUGAUAUGUAACUAAUUUUAUUGCGCUUUAUCUUUAAAAAUGAAAACUUUACUGUGAAUGAAUAUUGAAUGAAAUUUCAUCGGAGUCGAGCAUUCAAAAAAUAAAUUUAUUAUCAUUUGUGAUAAUAUUCUUGCCAAUACACGAAACAUAGGAAGCAUUCUCCGUUUGAGAAAAUCCUCGAAAUCCUUUUUUAUCUUUUUUUCCAACGUUAAUAUCGGAUAUUAAAUUUGUUUUCGUUAAUUUGUUCACUUUGUCAGCCCGUUUAAAAACUUUUCAAUGUGACUUCCAUCGUGUUUUAUCGUAUAAGUGAAUAAUACUCGAUACAUGAUUAGCGUUUUUUCCGAUUUUAUAAUAGAUAUUUAAGAUUUAACGCUAUCUUAGUAUUAUAAAACGAUGUAGCAUGUAAUUAAAAAAAAUUUUGUACGUAAUUACGUUACGUUAAAAUUAUAUUUAACGUAACGACCGUAGUUAUUUUAAUCUUAAAUAGUGAUAGUAAUAACGAACGAGAUAUUGUUUUUUUUUUUUCUAUCUUUAUACAUAGCAUCCAAUCGAAUUUGCGAUAUAGUAUUUUAAUUAUCGACUAAUAAGAAAGACAUUUUUAUAUUAUUAAUUUAUAAGCGAAUACGAAUAAAUGCGAAGGCGUAUGAUCUUCGUACAAUCUCUAUCUGCAAUAAAUUCAAUUAUACUUA